AUGGUAAAUUAUGAAGUGACUGUAUCCACUGCCUCGGUUAUUGGUGCCACCACUUUUAAUAAUGUCUUCAUUAAGCUGGUGGGGACAGAUGGGGAGAGUGAUCGCAGUUGGCUUAUAAACUUAAAAGGGGCUCUAGCCUUCACCACUGGAGCAGUAAGUCUGAAAUAUUCUUUAGGAUGAAAUGAUUAGAAAUUAUUCUGAUAAUAAUUCUGAAGUAAGACAUCUGGUGUGGACAACUUAAAGUAUUUCUGUUGCACUUCAGGUGUCAAGUUUUAAUGUGUCCUGCCCCAAGUCCAUUGGAAAGUUGGUCCUGAUUGAACUAGACAAACAGCGGCUCCCGCUUUUCCCUCAAGACAAUUGGUUCCCUGCCAAAGUGGAAGUGAAGUCCCCUGAGGGAGACAUCUACAACUUUCCUGUCUACCGCUGGAUCGUUGACAAAGAGGUGGAACGCUUCAGAGAAGGAAAAGGUAUUUGAAAUUAGAUUUUCUGACAUUUUGCAAGAUGUUUAGUGACCAGAGAAAGUCGGUGUAAUCUAGACUAAGACAGCUGGGGUAAAUUAGUGCUCUGUUACCCCGUAUUCCUAGAUUAUUUUGAGUAUUUUUGUGUCUCCUUUGGUAGCUCUGAGAGUCUUAGAUGACAGUCAUCAUCUUGGCAAAUACACUCGGGAGCAGGAGCUAAAGCAGCGAGAGGAGGACUACCGGUGAGUGCUCUGAGCGUCUACACCCUGCUUCCUAAAAGUGAUACGACAUUAAACCUGUAAAACCUGUGGUUGAAAAUAACAAUUACCUAAAACAAUCAUUGUUUGACACUGAUAAAGCUGCCAACGUCUUACAAAGAUUCUAUUCAAAACAACAUUUACUUAUGUGGGUAUGGAUUAUUAUUAUUAUUUUUUUAACUGAGGACAAGUUUCUAUGAAAAGCACUGGGAAGGCUAUGGCAGAAAAGUCCAAAAGAUGUAGCCCAGCCUGCCUGUCUUCUGCUCCCUGUAUGGGGUCUGCAAAAGUCAGCAAUCAAGAAUGACUCAGAAAUAAAACCUGGGGAAUUAUUAAGGACAUAUCUAGUGACGCUUUUCAUUGAAAACAUUCAUUUGAUGUUGGGUAAUAAUUAGGGCCAAAAUCAGGAAAUGGAUUAAAGGAAGUACCUGCCUUGGUGUUGUUAACCAAGUUUAAUCAAUAUAAAACUUAUAAAACCUAUCAAAGGGAGAGAAAGCACAGUAAAUAUACAUCUCAUUUAUUCUAUAUUGCCAUUGCAAACUAAUAGCUAUUUUGGCAGCAGGCGUAGACUCUUAAUUGAAUUGCAGUGUAGCGGUGUGCUGUAAGCUUGUUGCAGUUCUCAGAAUGGCCACUGGUGUCUUGCUACUUAUGUGCCAGUCAAGGAUAUGUUGGCUUUCAUAAUCUCAUGUGUGAGUAACGUGAGCUGGCUCCUAUUUGAGGGAAAGUUGUGCUUUUAACCCCUCAUCAAAUUGGAAUAUUAUUUAGCAGUGCAUUGCAGUACUGGAAAACGUGUCGCGCAUAUAAUUUCUCUAUACCCCAAAUUAAAAGUAGAAAAAUACAGCUAUCCUGAUUACAUAAGCUUUCUCACUUUGAUCUCUCUAUAUCCCCAGCUGGGAUGUGUAUGCAGAGGGAAUACCCCAUUCCAUAAAGGCAGAAAACCCUCUUUCUCUGCCUUGUGAGGUCCGCUUCUCCUUCACCAAGACUACUGAGUUUCUCUUCACUGCAGCCUCAGGGUGAGGUCCUUACAUUCUAUUCAUUGCCUACCUGAGCCUGGUCCCCCACAUGGUAAUCAAGAUUAAUUCUAACACCAUAACUGAUUUCUUCUUUACUUCCAUUUGUAGACUGACUGAGCUGCAGCUGAAUGGACUGGCUGAUUGCACAGAGAGCUGGACUGAUAUUGAGGACAUCAAUCGAGUGUUCUGCUGCAAAAGAACUGCAAUAUCAGGUUCGGAUUGAUCAUGGUAGUUCAAUGGAGUAUUUGAUACUGCAUAAAUUUGACUGCACUUCUUUCUACAGCAAAUUGAAUUGUGUUAUAUGCUAACAACGCUCUCAAUAUUCCUGAGAUAAACCAAGGUUUUAUUAUGUUCUCAAUUAUGUAUCCAUCAUGUCACUGAUAAUAAUAAUAACAAUGUUUCUUUGGGAUGUGCCACACCGAAAACUUUGUGUUCCUGAAUUAUUAGCAGUUUGAAGUUUUCAGGUUGAAGUUCGACAUUAAAGUUCAACUUUUUCUUUUCCAGAUUAUGUCCAGGAACACUGGAAAGAGGACGCUUUCUUUGGUUACCAAUAUCUAAAUGGUGUCAACCCAAUAUUGAUCAGGCGUUGUUCAGCUCUGCCCAAAAACUUUCCUGUCACCAAUGGCAUGGUUUGCCUUCCUGGUCAGUCGAGCUUGGAGGAUGAAAUGAAGGUGAGUGUCUGAACUGUGAUUAAUCUUUGUAUCAGAAAUCAUUUGGAAAACCAAUUGAUUAACCAUGCAUGUUUUCCUGCUUACUGACUAUAUGUGUAUUUCACAUCAGGGUGUGUGAAUGAAGUCUUUCCUCAUUUUCUUUCAUUACAAACAGAAAGGCAACAUAUACCUGUGUGACUACAAGCGUUUGGAUGAUGUGAAAGCAAACACCAUCAAUGGGAAGCAGCAGUACCUGAUGGCUCCUCUUGUCCUGCUUCAUAAAACACCCGAUGACAAAUUGAUGCCAAUUGCUAUCCAGGUGAGAUAAGCUCUCAAAUAUAGCUGACAGUUGGUCUGAAUCUUAUGACACUAAUUUAGAUGGCUAUGAUUCAGACACUAGGGGGCAUCCACGUAAGAGUGUUUUAUUAUUAUUAUUAUUAUUUUUACAAAAUGUGGACCUCUUUGCAGGAAGCAGCCACAAGUGUUAGUUGAGACAUGACAAUCCUGAAGUUUCCUCUGCUGAGCCCUUUUUCGUUUUUUAAGCCCAGGCCUUGAAAAAUAGUUUCUCCUACAGGCAUCAAAGUUUGAAGGACUAAAAUUGUUCUUUAAAAGAAACAUACAGUCAAGUCAAAUGUUUUUUGCGCUAGCUAAAAUCUUAAAUAUGCCUACAAAGGCUUUUGUAGAUGUGAAUUUCAGAUGUUCCUUGGUUGUGGGAUUGCCUUUUAAAGACAAACUGAAUUUGCAUAAUGCUCCAGUACAAUGGGGAUACCAAUAGGAAAUUACACAAACCAUAGUGCAAUAGGUUGCCAUUCAUGGCAUUGCAUUCAGAAACUUCUGCCUUUUGGAGUUGGGCAAUUCCUGAGGUGCUGCAUGCAACACUGUCCAAAACCGCAUUAUGGCUUCUUGCAGCAUUCACAUGAAUGACUUAUCAGUUUGAUUUGAAUUGGACACUGUUCUCCUUUAAGUCCUCAGACAUUUCCCCACCAAAUAUUGUAGAGAAUCAGAUUAACUGUCCUUAAGUUACUCACAGUACCUUGUAUGACUUUAUGUGUACUCAUUUUAAGAUUUAACUUCUUUCUUCUCAUUUGGAUGAACAAAUGAUCAGCCAUCUAGACAUCAUACUUACAGAUGUCCAACAAUUUUAGGUCAGAUGGCACAAAACCUUCUGGGAGUAGGUAACUUUUGUGUAAUAAGCCAAGCCGAAAUUAUAGAAAAAAAUAAACAUUUUGAAGAGCAGAAAAGGAAGCAUUUAGAAGUCGUUUUUUUCCACUCUGUUCCAGGAUUGUUCUGUUCCAUGUUUUGUGAGAUUAAAAAUUGAAAUAAUACGUUCACAAAAUGUUUAUAUACUGGCAUGCUCCUGGAGUGGAUCAGGUGUAUUGAUCAAUCUUGCAUGUAAUUUGCUAUUUCAAGAUGUAGAAAUAACUUGUUUAAGUCAUGGCAUGAUGAAUGAGUUCAACAAACUUUUUUUCAUAGCUGAAGCAGACUCCAGGAGACGACAACCCCAUCUUUGUCCCUACUGAUUCGGAGUACGACUGGUUGAUGGCCAAGAUUUUUGUGAGAAGCGCAGAUUUCAGUGAGCAUCAACUCAACGUUCACCUGCUGCGCACUCAUCUGCUGGCUGAAGUUUUUGCUGUGUCUCUGCUGCGCAACAUGCCUAUGGUGCAUCCCCUGUACAAGGUAACUGGAAGAGAAAACACUGAACCAGAACCUUUUCAACUCCCUGAUUCUUGUUUGUAAAAGUUGAUAAGCCACAGCGAUUUGAUUAAUUAUGGUGUUUGGGAAAAUCUUUGUUUAAACAAGUAGAUACCUCAAGCAAACCUUCAAAGCUCAGCAGUACAAGAAUAUUACAUUUUUGACUUUGUUUACAGGUAACAGUGUUGCUAAUACAUUUUCAUCUUCCUCUCAGCUCCUCAUCCCUCACACUCGCUACACCCUGCAGAUCAACUACUUAGCACGACUUCUGCUGAUUUCAGAGACUGGAGUCUUCACAGAGGUAAGAAUAUCAGCAAUACAGAUCAUUAGACAUUUACCCAAAAGUUUCUCUUAUUCCGAGUAUUAUAUUUUAGUUUUUUCUCUUGUAAUAUAUUUUGGUUUUCUGCUUUUUAGUUUGCAGCUUCUGGUGGAGAGGGCAUGAUCACAAUCUUGAAGAGAUCACUGUCCUCUAUAACGUACAGCUCGCUCUGCAUACCAGACGACAUUGCUGAGCGUGGGCUGGAGCAAAUGCCCAACUACUACUACAGAGAUGAUGGACUUAAACUUUGGGAUAUCAUCCAGAGGUACACAGCAGAUUCUGUUUUGCAUUAUGUUCAUCAUUUAUACCAUCUUGGUAGAAUUUAUAUCUUUGUAAACUUGCAGCGGCACACAGAAUCAACUCUUCCACCCCGUCAAAGCAUUCAGAGGCAAUAAAACACUUUGAUGAACAAGGAAACUUUAGUGGUUUGCUAGCAUUAAAGAAAAAGGAUGUUUGUUUGUUUUUUACCUAAAAUGCUAUGACAGAUAAAAGAUCAGCUGGCAAGCACAAAGGUUACACAUAUAUGUCAAUUAGAUCGCCAUUGCAUGAUGCCCUGAUCCUCACAGCAGAGCAGCCUGACAAUGAAGGUCUCUCAAAGAACCUAACCCAGUAUCCAGACUUAUAACUGUUUUUAUUACCAAUGUAAAGUGAGUGGACUCUUCCAUAGCUAAUCACAAGUGACUGAGCUAUCACUUUUUGUGGUAAAUUGCUGUACAGGAAGUUGCUGACAGUGCUGGGUAUUCAUUUUAGGUUAUUUUGAUGUACACAACUAUUUUUUUUUGGUAAAGAACACCUGAUGUAAGGCAUUGGUAAAUGGUUGGUGAUCUGAAAUGUUUUCUUUUGCGAGUAUUAGAACAAAAACAACUUCAGUUCCUUUGCAUAAAGCUUCUAUACAGGCUUCUGUACAGUUCACCUUCUUGCAACCUCCCCAGUUUAUGUUGAAACUCAUACUGCGCUGUUGCAUUUUUAAGAGGUACUGCUCCUGUUCUUAAAGCACAGCUAAUUGUCACUCAACUGGAGCUUUAUGCUUUGCACAUAUGCAGGAAUAUACAGUAUAUAUACGGGUAUAUAUACCAUUAAUCCAUCCAUCCUCAUUUCUUUUGUUUUUGAGUAUUUCAUGAAUAUCUAAUGCCUAAAACCAGAAACAAUCACUUGAUAUAGCCUUGAAAGAAACCUAUUAUGUGUUUUUUUUUUUUUUUUUUUUACUGUACUGUGUAUAAAACGUGCAAAAACACAAUCUUCUCUUCUUCUCCACAUUUCUUCAAGGUUUGUGCAGGGAAUCCUCAGCUUCUACUACAAGACUGAUGCUGAGGUCCAGCAGGACUCUGAGCUGCAGAGAUGGAUUUCGGACAUUUCUGAACACGGGUUCCUUUCUCAACCAUGUCCAGGUGGGUUUCAAGAUAAGUUAUUUCGUAAUGAUUUCAUAAUAUCGUUAAUUUUUUAUUGGAGACAAAUUCAAAUUUCAACGACCGUGUAAACAUCUUUAGGUGAUGCGUUUUAUCUCCUGUAAUUCUCAGGAAUUCCUCAGACGUUUACCACUUUGGCUGAGUUGGUCAAGUUCAUCACCAUGGUGAUCUUCACUUGCUCAGCACAGCACUCAGCCGUGAACACCGGACAGGUGAAUGCUUUAUAUCUGGAAUGGUUCACUGCAGUGUUAUUAGUUCACAAAAUCAGUUCACAGGUUUUCGUAUUUGCUUUUUUGGACCCUGAUGCUUUGAGCCGGGUGAUGAAAUGCUAUUAUAUACUAAGAAUGCUAACAUGCUGACCCCUGGCAGAUAAAACAGUUUACUGAGAUCACAGCCCUUGUUUGUCAUGUAAGCAUGCAGACAUUUAUACAGUAGAAUAAAACAGGUACAGCUGAAGCGAAUAACAUUACUGGGCGCCCUUUAGCUGUAUAACACAACUGUGAAAAUAAACAUAAACAAACUAAAAACUGAAAGCAUUUUUUCUUAACCAGAGUAGAAAAAUACAAAAAUAUUAAUAUCAUUGUGCUAGAUAAAAUAGUCAGAUGGAUUUCAGAGUUGUUGCUUUUAACUGGAACGUGACACAAAUGUGAAAACUAACCGCAAUGGCAACCCUGCUGAAAAUAAUGAAACAUUUCCCAGAGGACUUCAACUUUAAAGUCACUGUACUUCAUCUUUUAGGAACGGGUUUAAAGUGUUUGAGCGAAUUGUUCUUAUUAUGAAAACUCUCAACCACCAUUUACCUCAACAUUUUUUCAAAUAUUCCAGCUUGGACUGAAGUAAUUUGUCUGACUGACAAACAGACUGACAUGGCUUGGAUUCAAAAUCUUACUAAUAGGUCACCUGUCAAUCCUUCAUCUAUCUAUUACAGUAUGACUAUGGUGGCUGGAUGCCCAACACUCCCAUCUCUCUGCAACGUCCUCCACCAACCACCAAAGGAACAACAAGUGAGGCCACCAUGCUGCAGACGUUUCCUGAUGUCAAUACAACAGCUCAGGGGAUGGCCACCAUGUGGCUACUCAGCAAGCAGUCCUCUGACUUUGUGAGUCCAAGUUACUUCAUAAAAACUAUGUAAAUCUUAUAUUUAGUACUCACUGUCGACGAAUGUGUGUCUGCAAGGUUAUAUUCGAUAAACCUUCACAAUAUGUUGGUAAACAAACUUUAAAUAUGUCAUUGAUUAUCAUCAUCAGGUCCCUCUUGGUCGGUACCCUGAAGAACAUUUCAGUGAGGAGACUCCCUGCAAACUAAUAAAGGAUUUUCAAGGGGAACUUCAAGGUCUGAGUGAAGCCAUCAAAGCCAGGAACAAGAACCUUGAGGUUCCUUACACAUACAUGGAUCCAGCAGAGGUUGAAAAUAGUGUUGCCAUUUGAAUAUCUGAUGGUGUGACCAAAUUCAGCACUAAAACACUGAAAAUACAAUCUCAGCAUAUUCAUAUGAUAAUGCUUAACUCCAUAAUUGUAGUAGGUUUGUGAGGAUAAAAAACAUUUUAUAUGUGAAAUUAAUGACGAAUGUGAAAUUCAAUGUGAAGCAGCUACAACUGUGUUACUUUCAUCAACAAAGUACGACUUUAGUCAAGGGUUUACCAGCCUGUGUGAUUUUCUGCUUAAGAAAAAUUAAGUUUGUUGUUGUAGUUGGUACAAUAAUAUUGCAAAUACAUUACAUUGACUGCUAGAUAUUAUUUGCUUUGUAUCCUAUGUGAACUACUGCUUCAUCUACAACUGAGCCAGAAUUAUGGACUUGAUUAAAAGAGAGAGAGAGACUGAAAAAGAUCUCAAAACUUAGUUUGUAUUGUUGCCUCAAUAUCUUACUCGCUAAGACACUUUCAUCAUUGUUUUGGAACAACAACAUGUGCAGAGGAAAUAAAUACAAAUAAACUUAGGUUUGGUCAAGUCAUUUUAAUUGCAGGGAUGUUUCCAUGAAAUAAGCCUGGGUGGCCUUCAUUCAACACAGACACAAACAAAUUCAAUGGAGAUUUUCCCCUUAAAGGUACACUUUCAAAACUUUUGCAGUUGCCCUUUUGACCUUUGUCGUCUGGCUUCUCUUUAUUCUGCUGUGAAACAGAAUUGUGACCAAAAUUAUUCACCAAAAUAAAGUGUUGGUCCUGUCUGUCUGAGAGAAAAUGUUAUGACAGAACAACCUCUGAUAUCAUUCAUGGUUUCAUUUAUGAAAACUGUAAUUAUUAACUAAAACACCCAUAACGAUUCACAGCUGUAUCAUUUUUUAAAUAUUUCCUGGCGUGAAUGGGAUAACACCAGCUGUAUCCUUCCCCUUUUUUCAAGAGUCUAAGGCAAGACAUCAGGCUUCAGGAAAUGUUUCACAACAAAAUAUAAACACUGAGAAGAGAAGCUGUUCAAUGCACUCUUUCAAGAUCGGGUGAGUAACAAGAAAAUCUGUGGAAAUGCUUGUUACAGGAACUUUUAUUGCUUAUCUGUAAGACAAUAAAAACAGUCUGGCUUCUGUCAAAGGAGGAAUCAUCUUAAACCUUUUUAUCUGCAAGGUUCAAGGUUUAAGGUAGCUUUAUUGUCAGUCCAAAGGGUUGAAUUUGCAUCACUCAGGGGCCAACAAUGCUAGGUUAAACAUUCAGUAUAGUAUAGUAUAAAAGUAUGAAUCAAAUGUAAAAAUAUCAGGAGAAAAGAAACAUGUGUGCAAAAAAUAAUCAAAAAGUACCAAUGCGCAUAAAAGGCAGUGUGGAGUAGGAUGCAAAUAGUACUCCCAAUGCUGCAAAAAGUGGUGUAGUGGAAUCCAUACGUUAUGUAAAAGCCAUGUAUACGUGAUUAUCAUUUAUUAAGGAUUCAGAAACAUGUUGGGUUAGGCCUGGUUGUGCAGCCUGAGGUUGCAUAACCAAGGCUGCUUUGCAGGGACCAAAAGUUAUUGGGUUGCCGAAACACUUAGAUAAUUUCUGGGAAGUCCAAGGAUAAUCUAAACAAGUGUUGAAUUUCAGAACAUCAAGAUAUGUCCUUGGAUGACGCCUGGUGAUUGGACAAACGACGGAAAAAGUGCCUCUAGUGAUUGGAUAGAUGACGUGAAAAGCGUGCACUUCAACACAUACACAUUAGGGUUACAGAGUUGUAAAACUAUGCAAUACACGUAUGAGGGACUUUUGCACUUUUGCAGUACACAAGUAACACACAGUCAUUGUAUUCAGACACACACUCAGCAGUAUAAAAGUGUGAGCGAGAGAAGCCUGGGGCUCCUCUCCUUGGGUUUUGCCAAGACUCAGUUUGUCUUCUGGACUAAAUGUACAAUAAAGACGCCCAGGCUGCUCUUCAGAUCUCAUCCUGUCGCCUGUGCAUUGCUUUGCUGUUUACCAUAAAUAUCUGCCACAAAAGUGGCUAAUCGAGGCUCAGAGUCCAGAGUUUGUGCGUGCAGAGGGCAGAAGGGGAAGAGAAGGCAGCGCAGGUAAAACACAAAAACAUUUAAAGGCCCCUUGUUUUCCUUGUGAAGGAUUUCACAACUUGAACAGAUUUUUCUCUUUCCAGCGUUUUACUUCUAACUGGUCAACAUGCACUUGUGUCCUUUUUUUCAUUUUGUCAUUACUUUUUUGCCUUGAAGUGUUUUCAUUAUUCAUUUCUGCUGUUGUAUAUACUGACUGUUUUACUCUGCGUUCCCUUUUACCAUCGAGGUCACAGUUCAAAAGUUUCUUUAACUGUACACCAAAUAAAAUCUCAUCACUGUGUUACAAACUCAUCAAUCCUGUUUUAGUUGUGUUAGAAAUUCUCCACCUACUUCAAGGUAAUGCUGACAAAGAGUUUUCAUGUUGAGACUUAUCUUUGCCAUAAAAUCUGAAUUUAAAAAAACAAGUCUCCGCCCCUAGUCCUCUAUCUUGCGUUAAUCCAACCCCCUUCACCAACCAUUUAUCUUUCUGAAAAAUAAAGCAGUGGGCGGAGAGAUUGGGGGAUGAAGUUCAACUUAUAUGAACUCCAGAUGAACAUGAAUCACAGACACACCCCUGUUACAGCUCUGCAUGAAUAAAAGUCAAGUUAUCCUCUGCAGACUUCUUUUCACCCUGAGUGAGUCGGUAAGGUAAGAAGGCAGAUUAUUUUCAAGAUUCUUAAUUUGCUGCAUAUUUACUCAAAUUUUCAAGCAUUUUUACAUUAACUGAUGUUUGUUUCCUUUUUGUAGCCUCAACGAGAGCUUCUCCUCAAAGCCAACAUGGUGAAAUAUGAAGUAAUUGUAUCCACUUAUAACCUCGCUCAGGCCUCCACCACGAAUAAUGUGUUCAUUAAACUGGUGGGCGAAGAUGGGGAGAGUAAGCGCACAUGGCUAACAAGCAUUAAAGGAUCCGCCACAUUCUACCUGGGGGCUGUAAGUCUGGAUUAUCACUGGAAUUCUAGUCACACACUUUUGAAAUAUUGAGCCUGUAGUUGUUUAAUAUGCUGCAGGAACUGAGAUCAUAAAUUAGCUAAACCAUGUAAUGGAUUCAAUUUACUGAUAACUAUUUCCCAUAUUUUUGUUUUGUUGAAAGAUGUAUAAAAAAAACUGGGAACAGAAAACAUGGACAACGAUAAAGAUUUAUUCAUUAUUCAUCAAUAUAACCCUUACAGACCAUAGUUUAAUGUUGUUUGUUUUAGAUAACUAAUUUAUCUUAAUUAAAGAUCUAGAUUGAUAAAAGGUUGAAGAAACUGGGCGGAGUUUAUCAGUCUGUUUUUGUCAACAACAAAAAAAGGCUCUCUGUAAUCCUGUUUGCAGUUUAAAUCUGGACUUUACAGGUUACACUUAAAGCGCAUACGGUUUUGGCUUACUUCUGAAACACUUACAUUAACCCUCUUUUACCUUCUUUUUGUGUGCAGGACUCCAAAUUUUCUGUGUCCUGCCCCGUCUCUCUCGGAAAGCUGGUGCUGAUUGAACUGGACAAGAAGCCCCUACCAAUGUUUCCAGAGGACAACUGGUUUCCCAGUAAGAUCAAGAUUAAAUCCCCAGAGGGAGACACAUACAACUUUCCCAUCUACCGCUGGAUCGCCGGUUGUGAGGUUCACCUGUUUAGAGAAGGGACAGGUUUGUAGAACCGCUCUGGAUUAAUACAAGAUCGGUGUUCUUUGACUGCACCCCAAGCAGGAAAGGCUAAGUCAUAAUAUUUUCCUCAGCCCUCAGAAUCUUUGAUGACAAUCAUCAUCUUGGCAAGUACUGCAGGGAGAAGGAGCUGAAGCUGAGAGAGGAGCAGUACAGGUGUGUUCAUGUUUAAAACCAGAACCCAUUAUACCGCUCCUGUCAGACCCAAGCUUUCUUUUGGGUUUUAUGUCUUUUUGAUAUGGAGUCCAAAAUAUAUAUAGUGCUUGUUUAUUGACAACAAAUUCCAUUCAUGUACGAGCAUGCUCUUUUUUUUCCUAGAUGGGAUGUUUAUAAGGAGGGACUACCUCACUGCAUGAAAGCCUGCAAUCCUCUGUCCUUGCCUUGUGAGGUCCGCUUCUCUUUCACCAAGGCUAAGGAAUUUGUCUUGACUGCAUCUACAGGGUGAGCACCUUGAUGUUAUCAGAGGUCGUUUUUCAUAGCCCGAAGGUUAGUAAUCUUUAAAGAACCUGUCCAAACACUCUGGAGGCUAAAGAGGUGUCAUUAAGAACAAGGUUGUCUCACUAAAUGUUCUUUUAUGAGCUGGAUAAAAUACUAAUACAUCAUAUUCUGGUGACCUAGACUUGCAGAGCUGAAACUGAAGGGACUGUCAGGUAGCAAGGGCAACUGGUCCAACAUUGACGCAAUAAAAAAAGUGUUCUGCAACAAAAAAACAAACAUAUCAGGUACAACUCCAAUCCCAAAUACUCCAAAUAAUAUAACAUUUUAAAACUUUUGUCUUCUUUACCCUCCCAAAUAUGGAAAUGUUAUGUUUUUUAUGAACAAUUAGACCUUGUUUUUCUUACAGAAUAUGUUCAGAACCACUGGAAGGACGAUGCUUUUUUUGGCUACCAGUAUCUGAACGGUGUCAACCCCAGUUUGAUUCAGCGUUGUUCGGCCUUGCCUGAGAACUUCACUGUCACUGAUGAGAUGGUGUUUCUUCGUGGUGGAGGUUCUCUGAAGGAUGAGAUGGAGGUUUGUUGACCCCUUGAUUCUGCUGCCAAUCAAAAACUAGCACACCUGCGCUUUGUGUGUAUGACCUGCAAUAAGCGUUCGACAAAGAAUGCUGCACAGUGAUUUAGAGAUUUCCAUUAAAACAAAGAAGCUGCAAUUUCAGGAACAGCAUAAACCAAAUAAUGUUGUUUUUAAAAACAGAGUGCUUCAAAAAGUGAUAGAAAAUGAAAAUGAGAGCCAUAAGAAGGAUAAUCUUUAUUUUCAUUACACAAGGUGCAAUGAAAAUUCCAUUGUGCUAUGCCUGAGUAGCAGAAACACAUGCAUGUACACAUUUACUCACACAUAUAAAGAAAUUUCAUUGAUAAAAAAGGAUAAUCAAAAAAAUAUAUAUACAUGUACCUAUACCUAUGUAUCUAUAUAUAUAGAUGUGCAUACAUACCUGCACAUAAACACAUAUAUACACAAACAGAACCAUCGUAGAUUGUGUAUACUGCACACACCCGUUAAUUACACUAGUUAAGCAAGGAUAAGAGUCCCAUUUAUUGCCCUUGUUGACUCGCUUUAUUACCGUCAAGAAACUGGCUCCUCGGUUCUUUGUGCCAGUGCAGGUGUGUUGCAGUUGCUUGGUGUGUUGGAGCCGACACACACCACAUAUUUUAAAAACAAUAAGCAAUGGACUUUGCUGACUUCCUGUGGCCACAAGAUGGCAAAAGGGGGUAUUCAGCCACAGUGGAGUUCAAACUAUACCGAUCUUUUAAGAUGUAAUUCUGAUCCUGUUUGUUUUUAUGCCGACUGAGCCCUACACGAAGGUGGUGUUGUGACUUUUUAAAAAAUGUUUUGAAUAUUUCUCUUCAGGGAGGGACCGACGAUUAAACUUAGAGAUAUAAGAGCUACUACUGAGUCUCUCCACUAGGUAGUGCAAUAAUUAUGAUGACAAUACAUCUAUUGAAGCAGCACCCUAAUCAUACCUGUGAAAUUGAAACAGAUUGAGUUGAUAGUUGAUACAGGCUGUCAAUAGUGUGUUUGAUAUAUACAUUGUGUUCAGAGUGGCACUAUUGUAAUAUCUUUGAAAUCUGUAUGAGUUUAGACCUUGAUGGAUAACUUCCUGUUUUAUGGAUGGUUAUGGGGGGUUAAGUUCAGUUCAGAACAGGGGAUUUGGAGGCAUGUUGAAUAUUUUGCCUGGUUUGGUUUCAGGUACCAUAGGGCUGACCCACCGAAACCCCCACUCAAGCCUAUUUGUUGACCCCAUGCUCACUCUAUGGACACAACCAGACUUUUGUGGUUAUGGUGGCCCAGCUAGGGCAUUGACUUUUGCAGAGCUUGCAUAAACUAUAUAAGCAGAGAUGAAUGAAUGAGUGUCUGUUCAUAUUUAUUGUAACUACUGACAUUGAAGUAUCAUAUAGGUUUUGCAAAUUUAUAUAAAAAAUCACAAGUUACAGUGAAUUAUUAACUGAGGGUGUUCAGAUCCAAUCACAGUUCAGGGUUCAGAGAUUUCCUCUUGGGUGGCCUUUUGGAUCUUGGUGGGCUAUGGCCACCUUCUAGAUCCACACCUGGUCCGCUCAUGCCCAUAGCCCGAUGAGAACAGCCUCAGAGCAAACUAAAGCUGAUUGGAUCAUAUAUCACAGCCUGUCCAAAGGUAAAAUAAAUCACUGGAAUUCAGUUGUAAUUAAAGUAGGUUUCGUUUUUAUUUCAUCAAAAGGUUUUCCCCCGGUAGAUUGUGGUGCAAGGCCCCAAGAUUCACUUCUUUCCUUUUAUUUUAUUUUCCUAAGUUGUGGUUUUAAAAUGAGUAAAUCAUUGAGUUCAAUGGCUGGUCUCUUUCCCGUAUGCAAAAUAAAGCUAUAUCAUCCAGCGCCCCCUGUAGGCCUUCUGUUGUAAUGAUUAAAUAACCAGCAUUUUCUGAUUCAGCUGAUCUUUUGGUUUGAGAGUUUUUGACUUCGCAUUUUAUUUGGAUUUGCAGUGAAUUUUUUAGUGAUGCAUUUUUUGGCUCUCUUCAGAGCGUCAGUGUUUCCUGAAUGCUUUAAUUGUGGUAUUUGUUUUGGACUUUUAUUUGUUUUGAAUGUUCAUUAUCAGAAUCAGAAUACUUUAUUUAUCCCUGAGGGGAAAUUCUGCAAAUUAUGUAUAUAGAUGUGAUCCAUUUCCAACUUCUUAAUGGAAAUCUCUGGGCUUUUCAGAUGCAUUUACAUGCAGGUGCCACUGUAGCAUUUUAUUUAAGCCACACUCAGCUCUUUUUUUCUUGAAUGAAAAUGAAUUAAUGUCCUAAAAUUUCAUUUCAGAAUGGCAACAUAUACCUGUGUGAUUACAAGCGUUUGGAUGGAGUGAAACCCAACGUCAUCAAUGGGAAGAAGCAGUACCUGAUGGCUCCUCUUGUCCUGCUCCAUAAAACUCCUGAUGACAAGCUGAUGCCGAUUGCAAUUCAGGUGAGGCUGACCUACAAAUAAAUAAUACUUAGAUUGAACAUUAACUUGAUAAGACACGUCAGAUUUGAAUUUGAUUAUCAUCAGAUGUCAUGAGAUUUAGACAAAAUGAGUUUACUGUUGGUGAGACAAAGGGCUUUUACUUUUUCCUGUAGUUUCACCUUUGAUUAUCAAUAUCUAAUUCUCCAUGCAGCUGAAGCAGACUCCAGGAGACGACAACCCCAUCUUUGUCCCUACUGAUUCGGAAUACGACUGGUUGAUGGCCAAGAUUUUUGUGAGAAGUGCAGAUUUCAGUGAGCAUCAGCUCAACGUUCACCUGCUGCGCACGCAUCUGCUGGCUGAAGUUUUUGCUGUGUCUCUGCUGCGCCACGUGCCCAUGGUGCAUCCCCUGUACAAGGUGUGCAUAUUCAACUGUGAAACAUUGCCGCAUAACUAUGGUAUUUCUGACAAUUAUUUUACUGAGAUGAAAAAUGUUUAAUCUUUUUUCUUAGCUCCUCAUCCCUCACACUCGCUACACACUGCAGAUCAACUACUUGGCUCGUCUUGCUCUGAUCUCAGAGACUGGAGUUUUCACAGAGGUAAAAAAAAAAAAUCAACAUAUGGUGGCUGACAGGAGCAAACUGUUCCCAAUAGCUUUCAUGAUUUCUUUCAUUGAAAACUGAACUAUGCAUGGAUUAAAUAAAUAAUAAUAAUAAAGAAAUGAAAUGGUGAAAAAAGUUUUUAUUACAGUAGUCCUUUGGUGAACUUAAAUGUUCAUAAAUUGGCAUGCUUUCUGAUUGUGUAGGCCAUGACUCAGCUAUGUACAUGUUAUUUACAAUUCAUGUGGUGCAUUCAUCUCUCUUACACUAAUCUUUGACUAUUUUCUAGUUUGCAGCUUCUGGAGGAGAGGGUAUGAUCACAAUCCUGCAGAGAUCACUGUCCUCGAUGACAUACACCUCCCUCUGCAUACCUGAAGACAUUGCGGAGCGCGGUCUGAAUGAUCUGCCUGACUUCUACUACAGAGACGAUGGACUCAAGCUUUGGGAUAUUAUCCAAAGGUACGGAAUUCAGAUACAGCGCAACAAUAUAGAUUUUUUUUCAUGAAUACACAUAUAACAUACUCUUUUAUAUUAUAUUUGUGUUUUUAAUUAUUGUGUUUGGGCAAGUGAAAGAAAUGCAAGAAACAAAAUGAAGCAUUUAUAAAGUUAAAAAUAAUUAUAGAGUCCAAGCUUGGCUCUUUUCUGCAGCUAAUGCCAGGCACAGCCGGAGCCAGAAAGUCUUUACAGUGCCAAGGUACCGGAGAUGUGAUGUGUUUUACAUAUUAAAGAAACACACAUGUAAACUGAGCCAAGGUUUGUGGGCUGUUUUAAAAUGUAGUAGGCAGCUCUGCAGAAACUGGCCUCACUACCUUCAACAAAUAAUGUUUGGAGUGUCAAAGUGCUAACCAACAAAAUAAAAAAGAUUCCUUCAAAAACAAAAAAAAGAAGAAGAGGAAGACAGCACUAGCAGCAGAAACAGUGAUUACAUUCUUAAUAAUACAACAACACCCCAGCCUUGACCUCCAACAAACACUAAGACCGGUCCAUCUUUGAGUACUUUUUUAUUCCUGCUUCAUGCUGACAUGUUGUUUGGAAACAGCAGGGGGAUCUCAGGAGGAGGUUGUCAAGUCAAACUGUCAUUUUAUUUGUGGACAGAUAUGAGUGAUCCUAAAGCUCGUCAAAGCAAUGAUAACAAACUGUAAGAAGGUGUAAAAAUAAAACUUGAUCCUGAAUGGGUUACAGUAAUUUUUGGUGUAAACCCUGCUAAGAAUUUGUCAUGAUGUUAUGGAUUGGCUUAUAAAUCAGAGUUGUGCUCUCCUCAAAGGUUUGUGAGGGGAGUGAUUUGUCACUACUACAAAACAGAUGCUGAGGUUUGCCAAGACUCUGAACUGCAGAAGUGGAUUCAAGAUAUUUUUGAACAUGGAUUCCUCUCACAGGCGAGCACAGGUGAUAAAGUAAAGCUGAUACUUUCCCAAAUUCUCACAUUUGUUGUGCAAAAAGGCUUCUUUACACUCUGGUUAUGAUUUUAAUACAAUCGCUUUUUUAGGAAUUCCCCAAAGUUUCAGCACAGUGGAUGAGCUGAUCAAGUUUGUCGUCAUGGUGAUUUUCAUCUGCUCAGGCCAGCACUCAGCAGUCAACUCAGGACAGGUACAUGAUUUUGAUUGAUAAGCAAGUGUUGUUAGAAGAAAAUCUGAUUAAUUUGACAUCUUGAAUGUUAUAAUACAUGAAUGCUUUCUCACCAACCUGUACUUCACCCACAGUAUGACUACGGUGGCUGGAUGCCCAACACUCCUAUCUCCCUCCAGCGUGCUCCACCAACUACCAAGGGGUCAUCUAGUGAGGCCACCAUGCUGCAGACUUUCCCUGACAUCAACACAACAGUUCAGGGAAUGUCCACCAUGUGGCUGCUCAGCAAGCAGUCCUCUGACUUUGUGAGUCACCUGGAGAAGUCUCUGGGCUUUAUUUUCCGUUCUUUUGAAGUUUCAUUUUUCUUUCAAACUUCCAAAAAUGGUUGAAUCUGCGUCUUUAUCUUACUGACUCACGUCUUUUUCUCAGGUCGCUCUCGGACAGUACCCAGAGGAGCAUUUCUGUGAGGACGUUCCCUGCAAGCUGAUAAGUGAAUUUCAAGGAGAGCUUGAGAUUUUGAGCACAGUUAUCAAUACCAGAAACAAGAGUCUGGAAGUCCCAUAUACAUACAUGGACCCCACAGUGUUGGAAAACAGUGUGGCCAUAUGA